AUGAAAUUAUUAUUAUUAUUUCUAUUUGUAUAUUCAUGUAGAGCUUGUGAUGUAAAGUUUCCUAAUAACACGGAGACAACCUUCCAUUGGUGGCAAUGUAAUUCUGGGCCAAUCCAAUUCUUUAAUGCUACACCAUAUGAUUCAACGGGAAAAAAUUAUGAAUAUCCCAUUCAUUUGGGCAAACCUAUAGUUGUCAAGACCGAUAUGUUUGCACCACACGAAUAUAAUACUCCCAGCUUGAGGAAGACUGUAACUCUCUGGUCUUGGGGAGGAACAAACGGCUGCGCAUGGAGUACCUUGCCUACUUUCGGAUUACUAAAAAACAUUGAUGCCUGCCAAGAUGGUAUUCCAUGCCCUGUUAAGCCAGGUCGUCAAAAUUUGAAUGUUGUCAUAGACUUUACGAAAUAUGAGACAAUCAUAAACAUGUUGAAAGAUAAUGCUCCAUAUCAACUUGAAUACUUCUUACACGACGACAAGACGAAAGACGAAGGUUGUGUAUUGGUUCAAGCUCGUGCCAGAAUUCCAUAA